AUGUCAAUUGUCGAACCAGAAGUUGCCGAGUCCACCGGAGGUGAUGCUCCCCAAACUUCAGUAAAAUCACCCGAACCUUCAUAUCAACAACUGUCACAGGCCCAAGGAAAGUAUAAACGAAACUAUCGGGCUUGUUUGAAUUGUCGUCUUCGUAAAGUCAAGUGUGAUUUAGGACCAGUUGAUAACCCCCACGAUGGGAAAUGUGCACGUUGUCUUCGAGAAAGAAAGGACUGUGUAUUUGUUGAAAGCAAACGAGGUGGUACUACAAAUGUGGUCAAUGGGAAACGCAAAAGGCAACGAGCAUCGAGUAGGGCGAUGAGUAGACUGGAAACUCAAUCUCCGGAUUCUAAUAAUGUUUCUUCAACUACAUCAACCAUAGCGUCACAAAAUGAUAAUACAAAUGUACCUUUGAUUAACAUGUCAAUUAACAAUAUAAUGCAAAAAUUACCUGGUGUAGAGAGUAUUCUACCGAAAGACAAUACCAAAAAUCCUCCACAUUCUGCUUUUUCAAAUCCGUCAACUUCUUCUCCUUCAUCAUCAUUAUCAUCAAUGCCAAUGGGACAACCACCACAGUUACCGCCAAUAUCUAAUAAACCCUCGAUCCAGAAUCAACUGUUACUGGCAAACUCAAAGUCUUUAUCGAACGAAUUUGCAACGAUGGAAAGUGCUUUGGUAUUUUUAGCCAACGCUGCAGGAGAGAUUGCUAAAGCUGAUGAAAGAGAUAAUAUUGAUGCUCAAUCGAAAUAUGACCAAAUAGAAGCAUCAUUAUCUGGUGCCAAUAGUCAUCGUGUUAGUAUAGAUGAGUCCAUGAAUCAUCAACAACAGCAGGAGCAACUGCAUCCACAUUACCAGCAGAAGCUGCAACAAAAUCAUCAUCAUCAUAAACCACCACAACAAGAACUCCAUCAUCUGCAACCUUUGAAUAUCCCUAAUAAUGCACCUGAAGGUUUCACUAAUAAUCAUCGAAUUCAAACUGAACAAUCAAAUAUCCCACCAUACAUCAAACCUACAACUUCGCGAAGAAUGUUUGUGCCACCAGCAGAAAGUGGGAAUGCUGUUAGACCAAAAGGUUCGAAUAAAUUGUCUAGUAUAGAUUACAUUGGUCCUGCACCGAGAGGAAUAUUGACUGAAGACGAAGCUAAGCGAUUGAUCAAUUUGUUUUUUGCCACUAUGCAUCCAUAUUUUCCACAUAUUCCAAAAUUCCUUCAUUCACCUAAGGUUUUAUCAAAUUAUCCUAUUUUACUAUGUGCCAUAUUGACGAUUUCAUCUAGGUAUCACCCAUUUGAAACAGAUAUGGCCAAUCAAACUAACGGUAAUGGGGCGGUUCCCAGACAUAUAGAAGUUCAUGAUCGUUUAUGGUUAUACGUUCAAAGAUUAAUUUCUCAAACAGUUUGGGCAGAGGCAAGUACAAGAUCCAUUGGGACUGUUUUUGCAUUUUUGUUAUUUACAGAAUGGAACCCCCGAGCCAUUCAUUGGCGGUGGUCAGAUUAUGCAAAUAAGGCUGAAGAGAUCAAUGACACUGAUCAACAACAACAACAGCCACAACCACAUCAACAACAAACACAAACAAACUCCAAUACCAAUAGUUCAACGGCAUUGUCGUCUGCUGCGGCUGCUGCUGCCACAGCGUCUACGGCAGCAACUACUGCCAGUGUCUUUGGUCAACCGAAUGAUGAAAAUAAUAGUGGUCUUGCUGGACUAGGUGCAAUGCGAAGAAGUCAUAGAAUGGCAUGGAUGUUGAUUGGAUCUGCAGUUAGAUUGGCUCAAGAUAUGGGGUUUAUGGAAAUUAGCUCCAAGGCGUUUCUAGCCACGCAUAUAGCAGAAAUUAAUGCUGUGAUGAAUAUGUCGCGUCGAUCAAUGCUUGCCAAUUCUUUGUCAGAAGUUGAUUUGGAUGAAGAUGAAAUUACUGUGGAAGACAUGGAGCAAGCCGAAGAAAAGGACGAUGAUUCUAAAAUCAUGCAAAUGAAUGAAGAAGAAUUGAAAAAAAUAUCGACCCAUCAUGUUUUGAAAUUUACCAAAUCACAGAAAGCCACGAUUGAAUUAUUGCAAAUCAUGUCAUUAGGACAUGAAUCAUUAUAUGGAUAUAAAGCUCAAUUGGGUCAAUUAACACAUCGUCAAACAUUAUCAGUGUUGAAUAUAUUAAGUCCGUUGAUUAAUAACUGGGGUCGUAAAUACAAAGAAUUUUUAGUACCUUCAUCAACAACAACAAAUAACAAGUUGGUUAAAUUGGCACCUAAUUUGCCACAACAUUGGUUGGAUCCUGAAAGUAAGAUAUGUCGUGAAAUUGCCGAUACCAUUGAACGAGAAACAUUUAUAAUUGAGUUUAAUUAUGUUAAAUUAUAUAUUUAUUCCUUAGCAUUAAAUCAAUCCCCCAAGUCUAUGCUUGAAAAAGGUACCAAGAUAAAGCUAGACGAGUUAUCGAAAUCAGCUAAAUAUAUUGAGCAAGCAUUCCAUGCUGCAAAUGAAACAUUGAAUGCUGCUCAUAGGAUUCAUCGAUUUAAAAUGUUACGAUUCAUGCCUGUUAGAUUAUUAACCAGAUUUAUUAGAGCGGCAGCAUUUAUAGUACGAUGUCAUUUGACCAUGACGGCACAAGAGAAUAUUUCUUUGUCUGUUUCAAAAAUCACUAUUGAUGAAAUUAUCAAAUCAACUCAUCGAGCAGCGAUGACAUUAAGAGAAUGCUCACCGGAUGAAUUGCAUUUGCUUUCUCGAUAUUCAACUAUCCUUAUGGUGCUAUAUUCAGAGAUGAAAUCGAAACGGAAUCGAAAGGAAGAAGUUGAUGAUGAAAAUAAUGAGUCUGCUGUAGUUACAGAAACCGUUAUGCAAGAUAAUUCAAGUGGUAAUGCACUGGAACCUAAGCAGGUACCUGGAGGCUCAACAGUGAAUGCAUCAGGAACACAUUUUUUGUCAGCUUCUUCUGGUGCUUCUAAUAAUGGAAUACCUGGCAUGGGACAAUCAACAGCAACGCAACAAUCGCAGCCGUCACAUACCCCAGUUGGUUUGACCCCAGGCACUUACAACAACAGUCAUAAUAAUUCUGGACCCGCAGCAAUUAAUACUGGACAAAUGGAAAUGAAUGAGAACUCAUCGUUUCCUUCAGUGCCACCGCCCGUUGAAGAUUUUGAUUUUGAUUUCAAUAUUGAUGAACUUUUGGGUGACGGGUUUCAAAAUAUUGUUGACUUGUGGAGUUUUUUGAAUUGA